AUGGGAACAUGCUCUUUUCAAAAGGGAACUUUAAAAAGCAUAAACCUUCAAAAUCUCCAGAAUAAUUUAGUUUCUGAAGGACCUGCUUCACCAACAUUAAUUUUUUCCAAAAGGAAUGAUCAUACAUUAGAUUUUAAUUAUGUUGAUGAAGUUAUCUAGCCAUCAAAUGUAAUCAAUGAAAGUUAUUUAAAAUAUUACAAUUAAAUUAGUAAUCUAGAUAAAGUCAAUCAGAAUUCAAAUUCAAUCAUUGUAUAGCAUAUAUUGACUAGAUAAAUAUUUAUCGCUGAAAUUUUAGAUAAUAACGAAAAAACUAAUAAUUGCAUUUCAUUAUAUUCCAACCUAUUUCACAAAAAUUUAUAAGAUUUUGUUGAAAUAUAUUAUCAUUGCCAAUAAUAUACAUUAAUAAAGAAUUAUUGCAAUGGUGGAAGUUUAGAAUCAUUUUUAUAAAAUUAAUCAAAACAAAUUUCAAUUUAUAAAUCAAAGAAACUAUUAACUUAAAUUUUUAGUGUUAUUCACUAUUUGCAUUCUAAAUCUAUAGUACAUGGAAAUUUAACCUUAAAAAGUUUUGAGAUUGUAGAUUAAUCUCCAAAAAUUUAAAUAACAUUAGUUGAUUUUUUUUAAGCUAUUAUUUCUGAUAAAAAAUCUUCCAAAAAACUCAAAUAUUCAAGUCCCUAAUUAGUGUAAGCUCAUCUUGAAAAUUAAUUAAUUGAGCCAACCUUUAAGGAUGACGUAUGGUCAUUAGGAAUUAUUGUAGCUCGAUUAGUAUUUAAUCUUCAGCUUUUCACUGGAAAUUCAUUUCGGGACUUUUUAGAAAAUAUAACAUAAGGCAGAAGAAGUUAAUUUCCUUUAUUUUAAGAUAAUUAUUAUAGUGAAAUUUAGAACUUAUUAAAUCAAAUGUUAUAAAUUGAUCCUCAAAAAAGAAUAGAUUUAGAGUAAAUUUUAGAAUCUUCUUUCAUUAAUUCAUUUGAUUAAAAUCAUAAACUAAAAGUCAUAAACCCUAUACUUUACCCUCUUCAAUAGAUUCUUUUCUAUAUGAUGGCAGAGAUGUUUAAUGACAAUUCGCUCGAAUUUCUCUUUCAAUUAAAAAAUGCAAAAAGAAUAACUAGAUUUUAAUUAGCAACCUUAGUUAGGAAAAAAUUUAAACAUAUAUAUAAUUAAUCAGAAUCAUUGUUUGCUGUUAAUCAAAUUUUUCAAUAAUAAACUGAAUUGCCAUACAUAGAAUUAAUUAUAAGAUUUACAGAUAAGAAAUCUUUAAUUACAAAAAAAAAUUUAUAGAAAGCAUUUUAUAAUUUUUCUAAUUAAAAAAGCUUUCUUACAAUCAAUGAUAUAAUUCCAUUUUUCUCAGAAAAAGAAACCCAACUCAAGUCAGCAUUUUAAUAAUUAUCACAAGAGAAAAUAGAUUUUAAUCUAUUUUCCUUACUAAUGUUUGAUUAUUUAUAGUAAUCAUAAUGA